AAAGCUCGCAUUGGGAAUAAGAUGCUGCUGCAGUGGUUCGUGAUUUGCCUGCUGGCAAUGCCCGUGCUGACGGGCACCGGCCAAAACUGCCCGACGGAGUGCGCGUGCAACGUGGACGAGCACAAUCGCCGCCAGGUGAUUUGUACGAAAGGUGGUCUCAGCGCCAUGCCGGUGAGUCAGAUCGCCAAGGAUGUGCGCGUCAUUAUCAUCAAGGGGCCGGGCAACACCAUCACCAUCGGACACUACUUUCGGAAUUUCUCGCAUCUCGAGGUGCUGCGCAUCACCGACUCGCAAAUCCCCUCGAUGGGCUCCGAAUGCUUCUUUGGUUUGGUCAAGCUGCGCAUACUGGACUUAUCAAGAAACAACAUCACGAAUGUAAAUCGAAAUAACUUCCGAGGACAGGAUAAUUUACAUGAGUUGGACUUGUCCAAGAAUAAGAUACUAAACAUAUCCAGUACAACGUUUGGUCAUUUAACCGAACUUCAAAGACUCAAUUUGGCUGACAAUUCCAUAUUGGAGCUCGUGCCACGCAUAUUUUUCCUGCUCAACAAAUUGCGGUAUCUGGACCUGAGCGGAAAUCCAUUGCAAGACCUGCCGCCGGAUGUGUUUCGCGAUUUGCCGGAGCUGCGCAUUUUCAAAUGCCGUAAUUGUCAAUUGAAGAAAAUCAAUCCGCAGUUAUAUAACUUAUUGCCAAUGCUGCAAGAGCUGGAUCUGGGACGUAAUGAGUUUAAAUUCCUCGACAAGGAUGAAUUUCGCGACGUGAAAAACCUCACCAAAGUCCUACUUGAUGGCAAUCAACUGUCCGUCGUUGUUGAUGAGCUGUUUCGAAAUCAAAACGUGCUGCAACACUUGGACUUAUCGUACAAUCGUCUGGCAAAAGUGCCCAAUGAUUCGUUUAAACAUUUGGGCAAUUUGACGUUCCUGGAUUUGUCAUACAACAAACUGGUGAGACUGGAGCCGCAAUCAGUGCGGCGACUGAACAAUCUGCAAACGCUGAAUAUUAGCGGCAACGUUCAGAUGAAUUUGCUCGAUAUGCGCGAAACAUUCGAGGUCAUACCACAGCUGACACAUCUCUCGGUCGCCGACAUGGGAGUGCUGCCGAUGGGACUGCUGGUGCCGUUCAAGCAGCUGCGCUAUCUCAACAUAUCCGGCAAUCAUUUGGACAAUAUGUCACUGCAAGUAAUCGAUCCGUGCCGGGAGCUGGAGUUUUUGGACUUGUCGCGCAACCAAUUGUACGGCAUCAACGAGGACACAGUGGUGCGCAUCCAGCGCAUACGCAACGUGCGGCUGGACAACAAUCCACUGAUAUGCGACGAGUGUCACAUGGGAAAAUUAAUAAAUGUCGUGCAGCAUCUCCAGUGGAAAUGGGAAACUUAUCCGAUUUGCUUUUUGCCGAAACCGUUGCGCGGCUCUGAAAUCACUGAUUUGGACAUAUCGAAGCUGCAUGAUUGCUUGGACUACAUAACCGAUGAGGAGCAGAAUGCUGCCAGUACUUCGCACAAUUUUCUUGAACGAGGUGGCCUUAAUACUCUCGCCAUACUUGGUGGCAUUAUAUUGGUGUUAAUUGUUGUCAUCGUACUGGCUAUGGCUGUUUGUUUUUCCAAGAGACGAGCACGUUACUAUACACGUGAGGAUCGACUGAAUGGAGGUGAAAGCGGCAAGUGUAUCGAAAAGGGUUUGGAAACUAGUAACGGAAAUGGCGUAAACGGCGGCAGCCCUCCUGAGCACGCUAAGACGCCUACCACGCCCACUAAUGAAAUCAACUUCAAAUUUCCCAUCGACGAUCGCGUUUGCACCAUCGAUGAGCUGGUGUUGCCACCCGCACCACCGCCACCUAGCAAAGAACCGCCAUCACAGCUGCCACCGCCACCACCAGCCACAGCAAAUAGCGUACUGAAUAGUCUAACUUAUAAUAGUUGUACCGGCAAUAAUACGGCCACCGCCAUGGCGGCAGUAGCUGCAGCGGCCACCGUCAUACCACCCGGCGCGCCAUCGGCUGCGAGUGCUGCGCCAACCAUGUCGCCAGCACACAAUAAUCUACAAUCUGAGGCAAUCGUUGUUGUGCUGCCCACACCGCCAACGCAUUAUAAAACCGAACAACAACUGCAACAACCCCAGCAACUGCAGCUGACCACAAUCGAACCGCUGAUCAGUGUGAACUGACCGACGGCUAUUGAUGUUGCAAGCGCCUCAGCCACCGCAACAGCCACAAAUAAAAAUGUCAACACACCAGCGACGACGUUGGCGUUUUCGCCAUUGACCGCGAAAACGGGGAGAACGAUAGAUAGAGGACGGCAAGUGGCGUUUAUAACCACGACGCACACGUAAGUGCUCGCAACCAAUAUGUGCACAAGCUCCAAGUGUAGCGAGGCGGAGUUAUAUUUUUUAUCAUUCGAAAACAUUAACGAUAACUAUUUUUAAGGAACAUACAAAUAAGAUUGUGUAAAAUAAAACAAAUGCGCCGUAAGCGGAAACGAUUAGAAUUGAGAAGUUCGAAGUAACUAGUAACGGAUCUAGAUAUUUGUUAUAGAACGUAUGUUUUCUUCCAAAAGUUUUUAAUAUUGAUGUUAAAACUUCAGAAUUUCUCUGUCCAACACCCACCCAAAUCUUUUUAAGCAAAAAUACUAAGUUUUUUCAAUUUAACUCCAUCUUCACUCGUUUUCUGUAAGUUCAUACCGGGUAUAUUUUUAGGCUUGCAUAGUUCGGCGGACGUAUUCUCCAUCCUAUCGUCCGAUAACUCUCCUCUCCCCAGUAGUGAAGACACUUGAGGCCUUACUACUCCCGACCUUCACACACCACUUGAGCUUAGCAAACCACCAGCAUGGCUUCCAAAAAGUGCACAGUACCAUUACCAUAGUUCGUGGCCUUAAACAGAAACCACCUUACGAAAGAACGAUCGUCGUAGCGUUGAAUUUGUCAAAAAUCACACAACGCUACUUGAGUAUAUUGAAUAACAGCUUUCUCUAGGACUGAUGAAGUGGACCUUGAACUCGAGUUGCCGCGAGAAACUGUCUGGUUAAACUCCUUCUUAUCCAGAAUAGACACGGACGGGGAUUAGGUACGCGUUACAACAAUAAAACAUCUAGACCUUUUUAAGCGUCUGCUCUCUGAUACAUUCCAAUAAAAAUUAAACCCCAAUAACCCGUUUUUUUAAACCAUUAUUUCCAACGAAACUGUGAUUGGUCCGAGGAUUGCUAAGGAAUCUUUGCUCCUCCAAAAAAUUCACAAUAAGAAAUAUAACAGUCUUAUUUGAAUAACAGAGAUUACUUUGAAUCGCAGUAUGAUAUGGCUCGCCAUCUCUUUGAAGUCAGCAAUCCUCAAAGCAUUUUGCACCUGCUUGCAAUCAGUAAUAAUAAGAAAUCAUCCACUGAUAACAAUUUUUAAUGAAUGUAUCAUGUAUUUAAAACAAAAAAACAUGGUACGAAGAGUCAAUGAGGGAGAAGCUGGUUCAAAUAGUUAUCUUGGGUUUUUUAAGAGUUUCUAAACUAGGUAUGUUUAUUCUCAGUAUGCUAACAAACAGCAAGGUUUAAAAUCGACUUAAAAACUAAUUAGUUUUCUUUGCACCUGCGCCCCUCUUUCUAGCCAAACAACUUUUAUCUUCCAUGUUUGGUUUCCAAUGUUAACAAAGUUCUCUAAUAACUGCAAAAUUCAGUCUUCUAGUCCUAGUGAGCACCAACAUACCUAUACUUACUAUACUCUGCGUCAAAUUCCACCAUUGCAGCUAACGUAUGCUCAGUACUUAGUACUGACGCAUUACAUCCACAUGACACUACUUCAUAUGCAUGAAAUGUCAUCGCUUUUGAAUGUAAUUGAGCCAUUUCCAUUGAUUUAAUUGCGGAUAUUGCGCGAUUACAAGAUAUGAUUCAAUUCCGCUGGUGUCACGAUACGAAUACGCACAAGUAAAGCCCCUUGACACCGGAAAAAAGCACUUUACAAUGCUACAUGCGUACACAGAUAGGCAAAAGCUCUCAGCUGAGCGCGCGCAUAUGCAGCAAUUUAGUCAACACUCGAGAGCACUCAGUGCGAUAUGGUUCUCUUUCCGGUGAAUUUUAAUGAUUUAAUUCAGAAAAGCAUACCCAACAACAACAGGCGGUGCGCUACAAUGGCGGCUUCAAGCUAUUUUUGCUUCAUUUCACUCAACUGCACUUCUACUUCGGCCUUUUUGCAUUUAUGCAUUCUCAAUUUCCGGUGCAAUUAAAUAUCACGAAGUCGCUAAUCAAAAAUUCCAUUUCUAAUUUAAAAAUACGCAAAAAUUCUCAAUUCAAUAAUUUCUAUAAUUGAACUGUACAUAUUUCGUUUUCUCAUAAAUGUAUGCUUCGAUAUUUACACAUUUCAUUUGCGCCCAAAUGUAUGCUCCAAUUACAAUCGUUUCUGCUAAGGAGCGCGUGAGGUAACCAUCUUUGGUUUACGAAAACAUAACUGUGAAUUUGUGUGUACAGCGAAAAAAUGCGAAAACCUAAUGAAGCAUAAAAUUAGGCGCAGAAGCGUGCCGCAAACGUUUCAUUUACUUGAUAAGAGAGAUUAAGAUUAAAUAUUUAGUGUGUAAUACAUGCAUUUGCUAAGUUUAAGCGAUAAUGUGUAAGCUAUACUAAUUAUAGCCUGUAAGUAGCGGCGACACAUUCAAAAUGUGAUACUAACAAAAAAAAAAAACAAAUUGUGUUUAGCAAAUUAUAGCAAAUAGUGUAAUAAAUUUGCAGAACUAACGAAUCGAAUACUGAUGUAUAGGGCUAACAACAUAAGUAUAUAAGUAAUGUAGUUUAUAUAUAUGUGUAUAUAGUGUGUAAAAUGCACUCAAUGACAUUCAUAUGUAUGUAACACUUAUACCAUAUAAGCACAUUAGGGGGGUUCAUAUAAAUUCAAAUGUUUUUUUUAAUAUAUUAUAUGUGCCUCUAUAUUCAUUGAAAAUGCAAGGAGACUAUUUUUAUUUAAAACUUCAUUAAAAAGUUUACUUUUUUUAAAUUCAAAAAUUGUAAAGCAGACCUCUAUCUCACAGAGAGUUCAUGCUAAAGCGUUGAAGGUGGUAACUUUGCCGCGAAAUCUGUCUAAAUAUAUUUGUGGCAAAUAAGUUGGCAACUCAGUCGAACAAACGUCUACUUUGCUUUAUAAGCAAGAUGUUCCACUGCGGUCCUCAUUUUGAUCGUAAAAGUUAAAUGUCACUUUACACGAUUUUACACGAUUUUGCAUGGCAAACACUGAAAUUCGUGGUGUGUCAAAAUCGGCAAAUCAAAUUUGCAGUCGUAAGCCACGAACACUUUCUCCCGAACUGUCAUUAAAAAAAAAUCUUAAUAAAACUAAUUGAAUUUAAAAUUAAACAAAUAUUAUCCUAAGUGUUGGUUAGUUAGGCUUAAAGCGUUUUAAUAUUUUAAGCACAAAGCGAAAAGAGUCUUCACACCCGACCGAAAAGACAUAGUAAGUCUAAUCAUAAGAUUUCACAAUUUACAAUUUAAAAAACCGUUUAAUUAAGUUUUCUUUAAAUUUAACUUUGUUUUUAUUCAGACUUAUUUUAAAAAUAAUAUGUAACAGUAAUUAGUAAUGCAACAGCAAUUACUAUAAUUGAACAUUAGUAUCCAUAACUAGUUUUACAUUUGAGCAAAUAUUAUACCCAUUACUUUGGUUAAUAUUUCACACAACAAAUGCUCAAAACUUAGUUUUACUCAAACAGCUUGGCUCCAUGCAUUAAGCAUGUUUUCUUAUAUGUUAUUGAAUAAGUUUAUUGAAAAGAUUAAAAUAAGCCUUAAGUACGUUUACGUUUUAACAAAGAAAUUUUAAUUAACGAUUUUCCAUAUACUCUUCUAACAUUCGCUCGGUUUCAAAUAUUACUUACGGUAUUUACAUUUUUGAAUUUCACAUGUAAGGCAGUUAAAACUUUACCAGCAAUAAAAAUCGAUACUCAAUUGA